AUGGGUGUCCAAGCUGUUUUAAAGAGAAAAACCGGUGUCAUUGUCGGUGACGAUGUAAGAGCUUUGUUUGAUUAUGCUAGAGAACAUAAGUUCGCCAUUCCAGCUAUUAACGUUACAUCUUCUUCCACUGUCGUUGCUGCUUUAGAAGCCGCUAGAGAUAGCAAUUCUCCAAUCAUAUUGCAAACCUCUAACGGUGGUGCUGCUUACUUCGCCGGUAAAGGUGUUUCUAAUGAAGGUCAAAAUGCUUCUAUCAGAGGUUCUAUUGCUGCUGCUCACUAUAUUAGAUCUAUUGCUCCAGCUUACGGUAUCCCAGUUGUCUUACACUCUGAUCACUGUGCCAAGAAAUUAUUGCCAUGGUUCGAUGGUAUGUUGGAAGCUGAUGAAGCUUACUUCAAGGUCCACGGUGAACCAUUGUUCUCCUCUCAUAUGUUAGAUUUAUCUGAAGAAUCUGAUGAUGAAAACAUCAGCACUUGUGUUAAAUACUUCGAAAGAAUGUCCAAGAUGAACCAAUGGUUAGAAAUGGAAAUCGGUAUCACUGGUGGUGAAGAAGAUGGUGUCAACAACGAACACGUUUCUAAGGAAGAUUUAUACACUUCUCCAGAAACUGUUUACGCUGUUUACAAGGCAUUAUCUCCAAUUUCUCCAAACUUCUCUAUUGCUGCUGCCUUUGGUAACGUUCAUGGUGUUUACAAGCCAGGUAACGUUGUCUUGUCCCCAGAAAUCUUGGGUGACCAUCAAAAAUAUGCUGCUGAAAAGAUUGGUAAGCCAGGUAAGCCAUUAUACUUGGUCUUCCACGGUGGUUCUGGUUCCACUCAAGAAGAAUUCAACACUGGUAUCAACAAUGGUGUUGUUAAGGUCAAUUUAGAUACUGACUGUCAAUACGCCUACUUGACUGGUAUUAGAGAUUACGUCUUGAACAAGAAGGAUUACAUCUCAACCAUGGUUGGUAACCCAGAAGGUGCUGACAAGCCAAACAAGAAGUACUUCGAUCCAAGAGUGUGGGUUAGAGAAGGUGAAAAGACCAUGUCUAAGAGAAUUACUGAAGCUUUGGUUAUCUUCCACACCAAAGAUACUUUGUAA